AUGAUAGACACACUCUGGGCUUCUGGCUAUGAAGUAUACGACCGCCUGUCAGAGCCUUAUCAGAAAUUCCUAGAAGGUCUUACUGCGACAUAUGCCCAGCCUCGCUUCAAUGAAGUUGCUAAGAACAACAACUUCACCAUUCACCUUGGCCCACGCGGUGCUCCCGAAAAUGUCGGAGAGGAGCUACGCGCGGAACACCCUGUAGUCCGCACCAACCCAGUCACGGGUUGGAAGAGCAUAUUCGCUGUUGGAUCGCACGUCCAAAAGGUAAACGGGGUGACUGAAGAGGAGAGUGCUCACUUGCUGAAAUGGUUCGUGAAUCUGAUUGUCGAGAAUCACGAUCUGCAAGCACGCCUUCGUUGGCAGAAUCCGAAUGAUCUUGCUAUUUGGGAUAAUCGCUCUGUCUAUCAUGCGGCAACUUGGGACUACGAAGAGAUUGGCUCUCGAACCGGUCACCGUGUAGUUGGACUUGGUGAACGACCGUAUUUCGAUCCUAAGAGCGUUAGCAGAAGACAGGCACUUGCUGAAAGCGAAUAG